CGCACGUGCGUCAACUUUAGAUGGUAACGUAAUAGACACUCAGGCGCGCGCGCAAACGCAAAGUGACCGUCUUUUGUCAGGCCCCCUCGCUCAUGACGAUAGGGAACAAAGUAAAAGUAUGGGUCAGGAGCUUGUGCAGCUUACGAAGGAAAUACCAGUGGGAGGAGAUGGACCGAAAGCAGUUGGCAAGCCGCCGGGUCGAACACGAGCCUUGUCAUUAUCCGUGAGAGCAACAACUUCUUCCUCCUCUAGAG